AUGACUUCGUUACAGCUUGAUGCCGUGGGCCGCCACGCGAAGAAGACGGCGGCCAUGUGUGGUGCCCUGACUCUGGCGUCGCUGGUGUCACCAGUUUGUGCCACGUCUCCAGCGGAGACUUGUUGCUCGGCACUUGCCUCCCAGCGAGGCCUGCAGGCCAAGAUCUACUAUCCUAAUACGACACUAUACUCGGACCGCAUGUCAACGUACUGGUCCGUGAGCGCGGCCUUGGAUCCAUGGUGUGUAGCCCAGCCGGAGGCGGCAAAAGAUGUCUCUUCUAUCGUGAAGACGCUCGCCGCCAAUGACUGUCCCUUCGGAAUCCGUGGUGGUGGCCAUGGCUUCUUCGCCCUGUCCAACAGUGUGGCGGACGGCGUAACCAUCGAUUUGGGCUACCUCAACACGACCACGUAUGAUGCCGCCACCAAGAUUGCCUCGGUGCAACCCGGCAGCCACUGGCAAGAGGUCUACGACACCCUCUCACCACAGGGUGUCACCGUCGCAGGCGGGCGCGCCGGCACGGUAGGCGUGGGCGGAUUUCUGAGCGGCGGCGGCAACAGCUUCUACGCGGCCUCGCACGGCAUGGCCUGUGACACGGUGGCCAAUUUCGAGGUCGUCCUCGCCGACGGGUGCGUGGUCAACGCCAACGCCGACGAGAACUCGGACCUCUUCUCCGCGCUCAAGGGCGGCUCUGGCAACUUCGGCGUAGUCACGCGGUUCGAUAUGUACGCCAUCGAGUUCCCCAACGCCAAAGACCCAGCGAUCUGGGGCGGCAUCCUCAUCUACGACCUCAGCGCGGGCGACGCCCUCAUCGACGCCAUGGUGAGCUUCACCGAGGCGGCGGCGGGCGACCGCAACACCAGCUCCAUCCUGUACUGGGCGUACCUGCCCGCCCUGGGCGGCAUGGUCCUCAACGCGGCGCUGGAGAACACCCUGGGGAUCGAGAACCCGCCCGCGGCGGAGGUGUACCUCAACGUCAGCGGCAUCACCUCCAACACGCUGCGGCGCGCGGACCUGACCGUCAUCACCAACGAGCUGGGCGCGGGGCAACCCGCCGGGUUCCGCAACGACUGGCGCACGCUGGGGUUCGGCAACGACGCGCGCGUGAUGCGGUUCGCGGUGGCGGCGCACGAGUUCGCGGUGGCCCAGCUCAACGCCACCAUGACGCCCGACAGCGGCUUCAACACGCUGUGCAUGUUCCAGCCGCUCAACAACGUCAUCGCGCGGCACGGCGCCGAGAAGGGCGGGAACGCCAUGGGGCUGGACUACUGGAUGGACGGCGGCGACGGCAUCAUGUUCCUUGCGACGCUGGCGGUUAACGGCGCCGAGAACGAGGCCAACGCCGCGCCCAUCAUGAAGAACUGGACCGAUUCCGUUGCUGCGUAUGCGGAUCAGCUUGGCGUCGGUUGGGGGUGGCACUAUCUUAACUACGCGUCGCCUGACCAGGACCCGCUUGCUUCGGUCGGGCCUGAGAAUAUUGCCAGUCUGCAGGCUGCCUCGGCCAAGUACGACCCUGAUGGUGUCUUCCAGAGGCUGAGGACGUCGGGAUUCAAGAUUCCGCAGGGGGUGGACUGGCUAGGCUCGGAGUAA